UAACAAAGAUAAAGAGUUCGAAGGCGAAAGAGAUAAGGAAAAGAAAGAGAUAGAAAAUAUACUUAUAUCUUCUUAGAAAGAAAGAGAGAAAUAUAUACAAAAAGAGAUAACAAUACUUUUUUCGAGUUACAAUAAUCAUUAGAAGGCUAUCGGUUUUAAGCUCGACAGCACGAGAGAGAGAGAGAGAGAGGGAGGGAGAUUGAAAGAGAGAGAAGAGUGAAAGAGCAAGAAACUGUGGUCGGAGAGCGGAUGUCCUUUUCUUUCUCUGUCUAACUCGAGCGCGUAUAUCGUAGUAAUAGCCGGUGUGUCAGUCGAUUGACCGAUCGUUGCUCGGCGCGGAUCGGUCGGUGUCGCGACUGAGGGGGCUCCGCAUGUCCGUAAAUCCUCGUAAAAAGGCUACAUCCUAAUUUGUUGUAACGAUCUAUCGGUCAUUGCUGUCAAGAGAGAAAUAAAAGAAAAGAAACGAAGAAAGAAACGCAAAGAUGGCGAUUAGAAUAUUUUUGAUUUUGGCUGUAAUUGCUACUUUGGGUAAGGCAGCUUCUAUCAGGAGAGCGGAGAACAACAGCCCAGACCUCUGUACCAGCCAGAUCUAUUGUCAAGGGAACCUUUUAAAAAUCGUACAAUUGGCGGAAAUCUUCAAUGACAGUAAAACCUUCGUCGAUAUGAGUCAAAAGAACAAACCGCAAAAUAUACUUGCCGACUUCAAUAAAUUAAUGGAGGAAACAAAUAACCAGCCGAAUCGUUCUCAAGUCGCUCAAUUCGUCCUUGAUAAUUUCUCGGCGGAAGAUGAGCUCGAUAACUACACGUUACCGGAUUGGCAAGAAGAUCCGCCGUUUUUGAAGACUAUCGAGGAUCCUAAUCUACGGAAGUGGGCGAAGGAAUUGAACGGAAUAUGGAAGAAAUUGGCGAGGAAGAUAAAACCAAUAGUGACUGAACAUCCAGACAGGCAUAGUAUCAUUUACGUGGAUAAUGCAUUCAUAAUACCGGGUGGUCGAUUCAAAGAGUUUUACUACUGGGACAGUUAUUGGGUGAUCGAAGGAUUAUUGAUAUGCGGAAUGAACAAUACUGUCAAAGGAAUGAUAAACAACUUUUUAUCGAUGGUCGAUAGAUUUGGAUUCAUACCAAAUGGCGGUCGUGUGUAUUAUCUCAUGAGAAGUCAUCCACCAUUGUUAAUUCCCAUGGUCAAGCUAUAUUUGGAAUAUACGCAAGAUUACGAAUUCUUGAAUAAAAUUAUUGGGACCUUAGACAAAGAGUUCGAUUACUGGAUGAAAUACAAGAUGGUCGAUGUGAAAAGAAAUGGGAAAACUUAUAAGAUGGCCCAUUACGUCGUUCACAGCGAAGGACCACGUCCAGAAAGUUACAGGGAAGACUACAAAUUGGCACAAAAAUUGUCAGAUGUCGAUAAGAUACGUUCCUUGUACAGCGAUUUGAAAGCCGGCGCUGAAAGCGGUUGGGACUUUUCAGGAAGAUGGUUCAUCGGACCAGAAGGAAAAGAAUCAAAUAGUUUGAUCGAUAUCAAUACGAAGAACAUUAUACCAGUUGAUUUGAAUAGUUUUCUUCAAAGAAAUGCUCGUAUUCUUAUCGAAUUUCACACCGAACUGAAUAACAUAAAAAAAAUCCCAUAUUAUUUAAGGAUAGCAAACCAAUUUCAAGAAGGUAUCAACGAGGUCUUGUGGAACGAUGAAUUUAAAAUUUGGAUGGAUUACGACAUGAAGAAUCAACGUCAUAGAACAUCCUUUUAUCCUACCAACCUGACACCUUUAUACACACUAAGUUACGAUACUAGUAAAACCAGGGAGAUCGCACUUGAUGCUGUAUCUUAUUUGAAGAAAAUGAAAAUUAAUUCGUACUUUGGCGGAACUCCAACAUCUCUGAAUCAAACUGGCGAACAAUGGGAUUUCCCUAACGCGUGGCCACCCUUACAAUCAAUAAUGAUCCAAGGAUUAUAUCGAACUCACGUUACAGAAGCUGUUCAAUUUAGCGCGGACUUUGCCCGUGAGUGGCUCGAAUCAAAUUAUAUUGGCUAUGAAGCUACUGGAAAGAUGUUCGAGAAGUACGAUGCUACUUCGCCAGGUAAAGGAGGCGGUGGUGGCGAAUACAACGUUCAAGAAGGCUUUGGAUGGACGAAUGGCGUUGUUUUUGAAUUCUUGAAAACAUUCUACCAGAUAAAAUUGAACAACAGUAUUAGCAAUAAUAAACCAGGUGACCUUAACAACAAUAUGUACGAUCACAACAACGUUGAAUAAUGAAGAACGACUGGAUGCUGUGCCAAACGUGAUUUUGCCAAUGAAUCUAGUCCAUAAGCGAAAUAGGGGAGCGAAGUUACCAAAUCGCAUAUAAACGUAUUCUAUAGUCUUUAAAAAAAAAAAAAAAAAAAUAUAUAUAAAAUAAAAAAGGGAAAAAAAUUUAUAUAACUAUUCAAUACUUUUCCCGAAUAAUAUUAAUUAUAAUUAUAGCAAAAAAGAUAUCAAAGUUAACACGAUAGAGAGACAUUCUUAUUGAAACUGCAAAGAAAUUAGGAUUGUUAAGAGACAUAUCGAGUACAUUUCGGAAUGCAAAGUUCUGUUAUAUAUGUAUUGUUAAUAUACACCCACGCGUGCACGUAUGUAUAUAAAUGCCGAGAUAAGUGUUAAUCGUUCGACAGAUUAUUUAUUGAAUUUUCGUGUUAGUUAUCAUAUAGAAUCGCUGGAACGUUACUAUAUAUAGACUUUUUUAUUUAAGAACUUUCGUCGAAUCGACGAAACUUAGUCUCCAAGCUUGGUUAGAGAAAAACGUCCCAAGAGAGAAACGAUAUGUCGAAAGAAAUUUAAACUUUCUUCGAAGGUGCGAACGAAUUACGUAAUCUGCGUUAUCUCGAUUGUUAUAACUGAGUCAGUAUUGUUAUGUAAAGAUAUAGUCCUAAUAAAUAAUUUAAUGCUUAUAAACAAUAAAA